AUGAGCCUAGAUCCGCUGCUCCCUACCGCUCCCGCGAGGGUGAAGGCGCUGCUUCUUCCCCUGGGCCAGAUCAGAACAGAUCGUUUUGUGUCCUUCGUCGACCGACUGCACAGUGAACAUGUGGUCCAUCUACGGGACGUCACCCCUGAUGGGCGACCAAAUCGCAACAUGUUCUCGCCCUUGGCCUUCCCUGAUGGUGCCAUACUCUACGACCUCAUCACGCAUGUACCGCCGCCGUCGCACACAGCGCUUACCCCUUUCGACCUGUACCGAGAACCCCUGGCUGUCAUCGCGCUGGCAGAUGGGUCCGAGCUAGGGAAGGAGACUUUCAGCAAGAGCCAGUCGGUCAAUGGCAGCGGCCCAACAAUGGUCGAAAAGAGCAUACGUGCGCUGUAUCAGGAACUCGAGGAUCUGCGCGACCAGUACCCCAAGGCCUUGGUGCACCAGGUGUUGAUCUUCGAUUACGUGCCGCCCGCGUCGACCAUAGUACCUAUCCCCGAGGGGGUCUUAGUGAUACCACCGACCGAAGAUUCACUCAGAACCACCAUGAAGACGGUCAUGUGCGACAUCUCGUCACAACUUCUCGCGGAAAUGACGACGCUGGCAAGGUCCUUCGAACAGAUGACAUCCAUCGAGUCGCCUGUCCACUAUUCUGGCACUCGCCCGAUACCUGGCAAAGAGCACGGGGCCAAUGGUAUGCCUAGGAGAAACUCGCAAUACUCCGUGCCACACCAUGAUGGACGUUCGGCCUCUGUCGGUGUACCCAGCAAACAUCACGCACGCAUGUCGAUGCCUCCCGUUCCUACGCGCCCUGCGAUGGGUUCGAGCAGCUCGACCCCGGGACGGCCUUCGACGCCAGUCAAGAACGGCUCUGCUAAUGCGCCAGGGAACUCUGAUGGCCCGAGUGAGGUGAGUAGCACACCAUCGACGCCCGAGCGGACUGGCUCGCGUCCCGUUUUUGCGCACAACUCGCGCGACACAUCCAGCAACCGAGUCUCGGUCCAAGGCUUCGGGCCCGGUGGCGCGAAUGACAAGUGGCGUUUAAAAGGAAAAGGCAGGGCGUCCAUUGUCAUAGGCUCCCUUUAUCUCCAGGCUGGCAGAUGGAGUGAUUCGUUGCGCGAGCUAUCGGAGGGCGCGACGGCAGCGCGCUCGCUCAACGAUCACAUUUGGCACGGCAAGGCAUUGGAGCUCAUCUUGAUGAACCUCUUCCUCUUGGGCUGGUCUAGGUUGGAGUUUCAGAUCCCUUCAGUCUGUUUGCCCACGCAAGAUGGGCCUAGCAAGUCAUCUUGGUCGUCGAAGGUGGACGCUCAGGCGAUCACCGCAGACCAGCCGAAGCACCUGCGCAAUCUGCAGCUCAUCCUGCCGGAAUUGCUUGAUAAAAUCGUCAAUCUCUACUCACGCAAGCGCACCGAGGCCGAGAAGCUGCCAAACCUGCCCUUUGCGGAAACUGUCAUCAGGUCCUGCAAGAUCCUUACCGCGUUGCAUAUGAGCAAGGGGGAGCUUAAUCAGCACGCACUUGAUAUCAUUGUCACGGGAAAGCUGCCAGCAAAGGGGCUAACAACAUCCCCGCGCCUUCACAUUGUGCCUACGCGACAGCAGAUCGUGAACCUACUGAUGGAGGCAUUCCCGUCGUCACCGAGUUUCUCCGCAGAGUUGCUGACAACGGUGGACCGCGCCUCCAUCCUGAGCGGGAUUGCAGCCGUCUUGGGGCCGCUUGGGUUUCAAAGGAAGAAAGCAAUGGUGAUUCGCGAACUUGUUUCGGUUCUUAUUGCUGGACUUGUGGAGGCCCGCACUCGAGGCGCGGCCGACGCUGGCGUGCAUCCGGCUGCUGGACUCGUCUCGCUAGCACCAGGGUCUGAUCCUCGUAGCGGCGUUGCUCUGGACGUGGGUCAUGGUGAUAUCGAGUAUGGCAUAGAAGCCUUCCUUGAGCUCCUUUGCAGGUCGUACGGGAUUGUGGCAUUGGACCAAUCGCGAAAGAUCACAGACUCCGACUCGUCAAUCGUUCGGGACUCAGAUGAGGCUAUCGUGGCUAGGAUCCACGGGCAGUCUGCAUCAAGAUUCUUUGGCUUUACAGGGAUCAAGCUCAACAUCCUUCGCGCCUGCAUCAACUUUGCCGAAGCCCUCCCGGAUUUCAACGGUGUCCUCAAAUUCUCAAGCGACCUAUUAAGGACAGCAGGGUCUGGGGUUGCUCCAGGAGCGCGUAAGGAAGACUCUUCGCCCAUUAUCUUUGCUGAGGAACAAGCCCGCUUUGCCAGCAACAUCGCCAGGACCUGGAGUCUUGCGCAGCAGCUUGGGAUCCAAGAUUGUGAAGCUGAAUACUGGGAUGAAUUCCUAGUCAGAGGUAUCAAACUUGAGCCUCUGCCAAGCAUCAAGGCGCCUAUACCCCACGCACACAGCGCUCUGCCGGGCGCAUCGGCAGGAAGGGCCUCUCAGGAUGUUGAUCCGUUCAUCUACAACCCCUUCCUGAAGAAGCCAGAGGAGGUUGCACAGGAUUUGCUGGUCGCGGGAGACAUGGCGACUUUUAGGAUCAACCUACAGAACACAUAUGACACCGAGGUUGACAUUGAGAGUAUUCAAGUUGAAACUGACGGAGCUACAUUUGAAGCUAUGCCGUCUUCUACGCGGUUAGGACCCAAUCGGACUCAACUUAUGAAGCUCCAUGGCAGGCCGAUGGAAGCGGGGCAGGUCAAGAUCACGGGAGCCAUCGUCAAAGUGCGAGGCUGCCGAGAACGAAGGUUUCCUAUUUUCACUCAGCCGUGGCAUCCUGUUAGAGAUGCCAAAUCAAAAGUCAAAGGCGUGGCCGGGUUGGAAGAGUCGUUGCAGCCUAUUAAACGACCUGGUCCUCAGUUGUCACCUGAAUCAUUGGGGUUGACUGUCAUUGAAGCACAGCCUCUGGUGUCUGUGAAAUCGACAUCGCUGUCUCAGGCGUCGGUCAUGAUUCUCGAGGGCGAAAGGCAGAUCUUUUCGGUCACUUUGCAGAACAUGUCGGCAACACCCGUCGACUUUAUGCUCUUCUCCUUCAGAGACUCAACGCAGGAGCCCCUAAAAGCGGCUCUCGCCAACCGAGACGCAAGUCCAGCCGAGUUGCACGAGUACGAGCUGAUCCUCAUGAAGAAGCAAGCGCUGCGCAUACCCAAGGGCACCCAGACGCGCUUCAUCGAGGCCGGCGGGGAGGCCACAUUCGAGUUUGAGAUUCUGGGAAAACCAGGUCUGACGCAUGCUUCUAUACAGGUGGAUUACACGUACCUUGGAAAGCCUCGUGAAGAAGUCACGGAACAAUUCUAUACGCGACAAGCCUCGCUUGACCUCACAAUCACUGUCAACGGCAGCCUUGAGCUUCCCCGCGCAGACAUCCUGCCCCUGAACGAAGCAAUCCCCUCCGCGUUUUGGGCCAAGUUUGGCAAGGGCGAGCCUGCGUCGCCUGAAGAUUAUUGUUUGCUAUCGUUGGAUGUCCGGAACAUUUGGCCAAGCCUCAUGUCAGUACACAUUCAAGAUGACGACGGCCUCCUGGUGGACGAUGCCAUUCUUCCCGGCAACACCAACCGCGUGCUUGUGCCGGUGAGGCGGGUGUUCUUGGAGGAUCCCCACGCGGCCAUCCCGAGCCUCAAUCCUGCGCAAAACAAGCAGUUUGUCGUCAGUUCCACAACAAUUUCCCCAGAAGCCGAGCGUGACAACCGCGAAGCGUUCUGGUACAGGGAGAGGAUGCUUGACCGGCUAAGGGCCACGUGGACUACAACCAAGGGCGCCACACGCAGCGGGACACUCGAAUUAAGAAACAUCCGAUUCAAUCCUAGGAUGGUCGAAGCCAUCAAAGUGGAUGAGAUCGGCAUGGACAUGUCGAUCCAGCAGCCGGACGGUCUAGACGAGCCCAGGAUGACCUACACACACGAGGCGUUUACUUUUAAAGUACGGGUCACGAACCGCACAAGUCGACCAAUCUCGCCCAUCAUCCGUAUCAUGCCGGCUCUUUGUCAUCGCUCGAAGCACGUAGCCCUCGAUCUCACGCGCAAGCUCGCAUGGAAUGGCACGCUGCAGCGAGUGCUCCCCAACCUGCAGGGUCAUGAGAGCACGGAUAUCUUACUGGGGAUGACGGCUCUGACCAGGGGACAGUAUGAGCUCGCGACGACAGUUGAGGAGCUGCGAGCGCAGGAUGACCCGGGAAGCCGGGACAGGCAAUGUCAGAUGGAAGGCAGACCGAGGUCUGACUCGCAAAAUGCUGCUGACGCGGCGAUUGGCACGCAGGGAAGAAGGGUGUGGCACUCGAGGCGCCCGUUUAUACUUACUGUGCGCGACAGGGACUGA